CCUUUAGGAGCAGCAGCAGCAGGCGGUGCUGGGUGGAGCCCUGCUGGGUCCCAACAUCAGCCAGGCGGUGGGGGACUCCUUCAGGAGCCUGACGACCACCAUGAAGCAGCUCAACACCAUCCUGCACCACCUGCUCUCCGUCACCUUCAUCACCAUGUUCACCCAAGCGUUCGGUUACCUGCGACAGUACAGGAGGGACGUCCGAUUCGACAACGUCUACAUCACCACCUACUUCAGACAGAUCGACGCCCGCAGGAGGAGAGCGGGGAAGCGGUUUCUUCUGCCACUGAAGAGGUCUGAGAGGAAGAAGAUGAUCGAGCCGUGCGGUCUGAAGAUCCACCCCGAGGAGCUCAAACAGGUG